AUGACUAUCAAAACGAAGUUCUCUCAUCCACAGAAGGUUGAAAAGAAACUCUUCAUCUCCGCUGUGGUGAUCAUUGGAUUCCUGACCAAACAGAAAAUUAUCAUGACUGUCCACAUUUGGUUCAUGGCCUCUCUCAUGGCCUGGCCGAUCUUCGCAUUGCAUGCUGUAGUUUUCAUGCUUUUCCAAUCGCUUGAAGAAGGAGAUAUGAUUAUCAAUACGGGAGGAGACACCGGUACCAAUAUGGAUGGAUCUAUGUAUCUCAAGUUGGCCACUGUCGUGUUCAUCUUUUUCCUUAUCUCUCUAGGAAACCUAGUGUACAUCGCGCUGUGCUACAUUUUGCUUGACGAUAUCAAAUAUGGUCAUCCAGGAACCCUUCCAUACAGUUCCAAGAUGCAUGGAUCCUACCAAGAUAAAUCGCUUGAAGGAAAAGCUGUCUCUGACAUCAUAACAGCAUUCAUCGUAUUGAACCGUAAGUGCUUGGAGUAUACAUAUGGGUGUGCUACAAGUUCACUUCCAAUCUCGGCCAUCUUCGCCUAUUUCGGAUACUACCGUGAAUCUUGCCCCAUUAUUUACCUUCACAUGGUAUGCAGUACAUCUCUCCUUGUCAUUCUACCAUGGCUAAUUUGGAAUCCUAACACUCACUGUUUCAUGCUCCCGGCUUCAUUGAAAAUGUUCACAUACGCUGGAAUGAACGAAAAGAUUACAGAGGCAUUGAAAGAUAAAGAGUUUGUGAAGAAGAUUGGAAAGCCUGACGAUGAAUACAGACCACCAUCACCUUUGUUCUUCUAA